AUAAUAAAUAUAAUAAAAUUAUCAAUAUAUGAUAUUUUUUACAAUUGUAAUACUAGAACUAGAAUAGUAAUAGAACAGUUUCAUGAUUAUACUAUGAUAUUUCUAACUAUAAUUAUUACUUUUAUUUUAAUCAUUUUUGUACGAAUCUCAACAUGUAAAUUUACGAAUUAUAACUUUAAGGAUAGCAUAAAUUUAGAAAUUAUUUGAACUAUUUUACCAAUAGUAAUUUUAAUUUUUAUUGCUUAUCCUUCUUUAUUUUAUCUUUAUUUAUUUGAUUUAUCAAUCAAUCCAACAGUUUUAACAAAAGUUUUUGGGGCUCAAUGAUAUUGAAUUUAUGAAAACUUUGAUAAUGUUGAAGGUAAUUCUUAUAGCUCUUAUCCUUUAUCAGAUCUGGAUUUACUAAAGAGAAAGAAGUAUAUAAUAGGAUGACGUUUGUUAGAAACUGAUACUCGUAUGAUUCUUCCGUAUUUAACAGAAAUCCAAUGUUUAACAACGUCUUUAGAUGUAAUUCAUUCAUUUUCAAUUCCAGGUUUAGGCAUCAAAAUUGAUGCUAUCCCUGGACGUUUAAACUCAGUUAAUUUCCAGAUUAAUCAUCCGGGAACUUACUAUGGACAAUGUGCGGAAAUUUGUGGAACAGGUCAUUCUUUUAUACCAAUUUGUGUAGAGGCCAUUUAA